AUGGCAGCUCUCCGGGUUGUUGGUAAGCUUUCGGUGUUGCUGGUGCUCCUUCCCGUCGUGGUGCUGCAUCCGCUGGCAUCAACCGGAAGCCUGCAACAAUCGCAUCCCGAGAUGGUUGGCCGACCGGCGGAUGAGUUGGGCGAUCAGUUCGAGGGUGACAUGCUGCUGACGGAGGACCAAAAGGCGGAACUCAGGAAGCGUACCGGCAUGUACCUGCCCACGUUCCUGUGGCCGGACCGUACGGUACCCUACGAAAUAGUAACGACAGACUUUAAUACCGAUCAGCGAGCUGCUAUCGAAGCCGCGAUGCGUACGAUCGAACAAGCCACCUGUGUCCGGUUUGUCCCAGCCACCAGUACGACGGUGGAUUUUGUGCGUAUUGCCGCCGGUUCCGGAUGUUCGUCGUUUGUCGGACGGAUUCGAGGACCACAGGCACUCCACCUACUACCAAGCGCCGUCGGAACGGGUUGCUUUCUACACGGUACCAUCGUACACGAGUUGAUCCAUGCGCUAGGGUUCUAUCACAUGCAGAGCGCAACCGAUCGCGAUCUGUACGUAAGCAUCCAGUGGGCAAACAUUGCGCCUGGACGGGAGGAAAACUUCCAAUCGUACGGUACGGAUCGCAUCAUGAGCUACGGCGUUGCGUAUGAUUUUAACAGCAUUAUGCACUACGAUUCGCGAGCGUUCAGUGUUAACGGGUUGCCGACGAUCGUGCCGCUGGUGGAGAACGUUGCGAUCGGACAGCGAGUGGCGAUGAGUUCGGGUGACAUUCAACGCAUCCGAAACAUGUACCAGUGUUGA